AUGCCUCUCGAUACAUCUACAACGUACCCUUUAACCCGGUUACGGCUUGACGGUCGCCGGUGGAACGAGCUCCGGCUGCUGCAAGCGCAGAUUUCCACAAACCCUGCCAGCUCCGGGUCGUCCUAUCUGGCCAUGGGGAACACGUCGAUCAUGUGCACUGUGCAUGGGCCGGCCGAGGGGCGUCGAGGCGAGGCUGGAGGAGGUGCCGGAAACGCAGCAGGUGCCGUUGUGGAGGUGGAUGUGAACAUUGCAGGGUUUGCGAGCGUGGACCGCAAGAGGAGAGGCGGUGGAAGUGAUAAACAAUCCUCCCGGAUAGCCACGACAUUAAAAGCGGCGUUUCAGUCGCACCUACACACAUAUCUCUACCCGCACAGCACGAUCAGCAUCCACGUGUCUGUCCUCUCGGCGGACGGGUCCCUGCUCGCAGCGGCGAUUAAUGCCUGCACGCUAGCCCUGGUAGACGCGGGCAUCCCGAUGCCGGGUCUGCUCUGCGGAUGCACCGCAGGGAUGAGUGGUAGCGCGUCGACGGCGCGGGACCCCAAAAACGACGAGCUGGAUCCGUUGCUGGACCUCUCCCUGCCGGAGGAGCAGGAGCUCCCUUCCCUGACUGUGGGCACGACGACAGCCAUCCCUGUCGGCGAAGACGCCAUGGAUGACGACGAAGACGAGACGAUGAAGGUCUCCCUGCUCAACAUGGAUGCCAAGGUGCACUAUACCUACCUUGAGACGAUGCUCGCCGUCGGCAUCGACGGAUGUACGCAGAUCAGAGAGAUCUUAGAGGGAGUCAUCAAGGGAUCAAACAAGAUCGUGGUACCGAGAAGUGAUAUUCUAUAG